UUCAAAUUUAUGUAUUUGAAAAAAUGAGAAAGAUCGGAGAAAUAAGCAAUGACCAAAGUGAAAAACUAAAGACAAUACCAUCCCACAAGAAAGAGACAAAGGAAUGAAAAGCAAAAGGUGCAUCUGCGUAAAGAGCAAAAGAAUGCAGCCUCUCUCCGCCGCCACUCCCAACUUCUCCACCACCUUUGCCAACCGCAUUUUCUCUGAUGUUGCUGGAGACAUCACAAUUAUUGUUGAUGGAGAAUCCUUUCUACUGCAUAAGUUCCCCCUAGUUGCUCGAAGUGGAAAGAUCCGCAAGCUGGUUGCCGAUGCCAAGAAGUCCAAACUAGAACUCACCAACUUCCCCGGAGGCCCUGAAAUGUUUGAACUUGCAGCUAAGUUUUGUUACUGCAUGAAUUUUGUAAUCACCAUUGCAAAUGUAGCCACCCUGCGCUGCGCUGCUGAGUACUUGGAGAUGACAGAAGAUUAUCAAGACGAAAACCUCGUUGAGCGCACACAGACGUAUCUCACCCAAGUUGUAUGUCCCAGUCUUGAAAAUUCAGUGCAAGUUCUAUCUGCUUGUGAGAAGCUUCUACCUCUUGCUGAAGAGAUAGGGAUCCCGGACAUAUGCGUUGCUGCUAUUGCCAUGAAUGCUUGCAAGGAGCAGCUGGUUUCGCGUUUAGAUUGUGAUAGUGGAUCCUUGGAGUGGUGGGCGGAUGAUCUCUCGGGGUUAAGUAUAAGUUUUUAUCGUAGGGUUGUGAUUUCCAUGCGACAGAGUGGUGUUAGGACGGAUAGUAUAGUUGCCUCUCUGAUGCAUUAUGCUGAGACAUGGUUGAAGGGUAUAGGGAAGCAUCAGUUAUGGAAUCCGGCGAGAACUAGUUUGAUUGAGAGCGGGCAGAGGAGUAUUCUUGAAACGCUUGUAACUCUAUUACCGGUGGAGAAAAACUCGUGCAUUCCCUUGAACUUUUUGUUUGGGAUGACGAGGGUGGCCAUCAUGGUGGAGGCAACAUUAAGUUGCCGGGUGGAGCUGGAGAGGAGGAUCGCGUACAAAUUAGAGAUGGCUUUGCUGGAUGAUCUGCUUAUACCGUCGCUUCAAACAGGGGACUCCUUGUUUGAUGUUGAUACUAUUCAUCGCAUUCUUGUUCAGUUCUUGCAUCGGAUUGAGGAGGAGGAGGAGGAGGAAGAAUGUGGGUACGAAUUGGAGGAGAUGGGGCAUGGGUGCCUGUUGAAAGUUGCAAGGCUUGUUGAUGCAUACUUAGCUGAGAUUGCUCCUGACCCUUAUUUGAGGCUUGAAAAAUUCAUUGCUAUGAUCGAGGUGCUGCCUGAUUAUGCUCGUGUCAUCGACGAUGGAAUUUAUAGGUCCAUCGACAUCUACUUAAAGUCACAUCCGAUGCUGAGUGAGCACGAGUGCAACAAGUUAUGCAAGCUGAUCGACUGCCAGAAACUGUCCCAAGAAGGUUGCAACCACGCUGCCCAGAACGAGAGGCUCCCGGUGCAUUUGGUGGUGAGGGUUUUAUACUUUGAGCAGGUGCGGAUGAAGAGUGGUCUGUGUGGAGAGGGGCAGAAGAUGAGCUGCAGCGGGGUGGGCAGCGCUGCCAUGUCCCCACGAGACACAUAUGCUUCGCUGAGGAGGGAGAAUCGGGAGUUGAAACUGGAGAUAUCGAGAAUGAGAGUGAGGCUAAGUGAUCUGGAGAAAGAGCAGGUGGUGAUGAAGGAGGGGAUGAUAGACAAGUGUAGGCAGGGUAAUAGUGUGUUAACCUCCAUUUCUAGAGGGAUUGCUAUGCUUAAACAGCACAAGCUCAAACCAAGGAGAAGUAAGAGAUGAAUGCAAACAAUAUUAUUUAUUCAUGUAAUGUAAAAUUAAGGGAUAUAAUACAUGGGAUUAGGAAGCUUGAAGGUGCGGUUGCCUGUAUA